ACACCCGAACCUCACUGGCUCGACAUGUAUCUCGCUGCCUGUCAGCCAAUGCUACGCGCUCUCUGCUUCAGCCAGCUUGCCUCCCUGGCUGUGUCGCUAGGGCGGCUGGGCGUGGCGCCUCCAGAGCACUGGGUGCAGGAGCUGCUGCAGGCCGCCGAGGUGGCGCUGCCCUCCGCCGGCAGCGCAGGGAAGGUGGCGGCGGUGCUGACGUGGGUGGCGGAGGAGGGGCGGGUGGUGCCGGACGCGGCCUGGGUGGGUGCGGCGCUGCAACAGAUACACAGCCUCAUGCAACAGCCUCAGCCUCAGCCCCAGCACCCCUCCCAGCAGCAGCCCGACAGCCACCCCCCAUCCAGUCCCCUCCUGAGUCCAAGCCAGGCAACUGACGUGGCCUGGGCAGUAGCGACCCUGGGAUACCGACCCGCGCAGCCGCUGCUAGAUGGCCUGGCCGCGGCGACCCUGGGUAGGGCGUCAUGGGGAGGAGCAGCAGGAGGAGGAGGGGAGGGAGCAACGGCAGCAGCAGCUGAGGAGGCGG